GCCAAAAAAAAUUUCAAAAAAAUAAGGAAAAAGAAAGAAAACCAGGAAAAACUAUGCGCGUGAGACGCGCUCUAACGGCGAAAACGCCGCAAACACUAAGGCCCCUGGGUCUCUGGAUCUCUGGACUGGGUUGAAAGUACCCCUAGCCCCCCUAGCACCCCCCUCUCUAUCGUUUCGGCCAUGUUUAAAGCUCGAAAUUUAUACGAGAAAUUCCUGCAGAGUCUCUUUUGGCAGCGGAAAGGCGGAAAAGCGGCAACAGCGCUUGCCAUAAACGCAGAGACGACAUUUUUAUGGCAGCGUUGAGCGCAACGCGGAUCGAUAAAGCGCCGAAACGAGAUACAGAUACAGCCGCACCGCUCUCACCGACCGCUGAUUGGCCGCGCAGUGUGCGCAAAAUCCAACCCAGCCAGCGCUCACCGCACACAGAUGCACACAUGCACAGCUGCGCGUUUAUUUGAUUUAUUAGCAGGCCAGCCAGCUGUAUAUUCAUCUCGCUCGCGCGCAGGCGACGCGCAAUGGAAAUGCCGACGCACACAGGGACAGCAGCGCCGCACACACACACACAGUUACACCGAUACACAGAUGCACGCGGACUCAAGACCAGUUUUUCCAGCCACCCUGUCUGGCGGUCCGUGGUCCGUACCGCAUUUACCGCCUGUUCGAGCGGCCAGCGGCAGACGGUCUCUCAUUCGACUCUCGCAUUCGCCGUCGUCAGCACACGCGCACGCAACGCACGGCAGUCGCAGCAACUUCAACUCGUUUGUUCGCUGUUUCGAAUUCGUAAACUCGGUUUCGUGUCGCAUCGCAUCGCAUCGCACAUCGUAUCGUAUCGUAUCGUAUCCGUAUCGUAUACGUACGUAUCCGUAUCGUUUCGCAGCGCACCGCAUCGCAUCGCAUCGGUGGUUCGUGCCUCGUCAUCAGCUAGCCAAAAAGCGGUGAUACGAGAGAAAAAGAAAAAUAUAAAAAACAGUCAUCAUAUAGCCAGGGAAAAAGCAGCGUAGAACGCGCACCUCGAACAGGUUUCGCCGUCGUCCGGAGAAACAGAAAGGUGCUUAAUUCCGCCCAGUGUGGAGGUAUUUUUUCGGUGUUCCCGCUUCUCGCUUCUACGAAAAAAAAAAACAAAAAAUAUAAAAACACAACCAAACCAAAUAUAUUUACAACAAAUUCAAAUACAAACAACAGCAACAAUUCACUGAGGCACUUUCGCGUCGGGUUUUAGCAACAAUUUUCAAGUGUUUUUCGCCGCCACUCGUUUGUUUGCUAGCAAACAACAUUAAUACCUAUAUCUGAUAUCUGAUAUCUGUGACUGUGGAAAAAACGCAAUUCAAGCUGUUUAGCUACAAAUCCAAAGCGAGCCGAGCGCUACAUUUUUGAUACGCGUUGAGAUACGUAAAACUACGCAAUACAAACUACAGCAAAAAUCUAAAAUCACAAGUGCAACAUGGUUUCCCACAAAAUGUUCAAAAUGUCUAACUAAGAAAAGAGUAAACUAAAGCUACAAAAAAACUGCAUCAAAGAAGGCGAAAAUCCAAGGAGAAUCAACUUUGAAUCAAAUCAGCUUUGUCGCACUGAAAACUGGAAGCAAUCCCCGCAAGAUGCUGACCAUGGAAUCGGAUAUGAAGGGCAGCCUGCUGCAUGCCACCAUGCCGCCGCAUCACACAAGUGCCGCGUUGCACGGCCAUGCGGCAUCGCCGUACUCCGCACUGGCACCACUCAUGAACCUGGGCCAGUCGCACCUGACCCACUCGCAGCUGAGCCACCACAAUCACCACCACCACCACAUGAGCGCCCACAUCGCGGCCAGCCAGAGCCCCAAUCCGCUCAGCUCGCUGCAAUCCUCCAUGGCGAACACCCUCAAUGGCAGCCAGGUGGGACAGCAGCAGCAGCAACAGCAGCAGCAGCAGCAGAGCUCCCCGCUGCACAGCUCCAGCGAACUGAGUCCCACCCAAAGCAGCAUCGGGAGUCACCACAUGACCUCGCCGGUCAGCCACCAGCAGCACACGCAGCAGCAGCAGCAGCAGCACGCGCAGCAGCAACAUCUGGGCGCCGGAUCCGCGCUGAGCAGCCUUACUGGAGGAUCCAGCAACAACAACAACAACAGCGCCACGGCCAACAAGAACCAACAGCACGCGGAUCGAGUGAAGCGGCCCAUGAAUGCGUUCAUGGUGUGGUCCCGGGGCCAGCGAAGGAAGAUGGCGUCGGACAACCCCAAGAUGCACAACUCGGAGAUCUCGAAGCGACUGGGCGCCCAGUGGAAGGACCUCUCGGAGUCCGAGAAGCGACCAUUCAUCGACGAGGCCAAGCGCCUGCGGGCGGUGCACAUGAAGGAGCAUCCGGACUACAAGUACCGGCCGCGUCGCAAGACCAAAACGCUGACCAAGACCAAGGAGAAGUACCCCAUGGGCGGCCUGAUGCCCGGACAGACGGUGGGCGGCGGAGCGCCGGGUGAGCCAGUGACGCCCACGCGGGUGCAAGGUCAGCCGGGCCAGAACCAGUCGCUGAACGGCAGCGGAGGCAGUGCAGCUGCGGCGGCGGCGGCAGCAGCGGCGGCAGCGCAACAGGCGCGCCAGGAUAUGUACCAGAUGAACGCGCCCAAUGGAUACAUGCCCAAUGGCUACAUGAUGCACGCGGAUCCCGCCGGAGCGGCAGCCUACCAGACCUCCUACAUGGGCCAGCACUAUGCGGCGCAGCGGUACGACAUGGGACACAUGUACAACAACGGGUAUGCGAUGUACCAGACGGUGUCCGGCGGACAGACCUCGCCCUACGGCAGCAGUCUGCAGCAGCCCGGAUCCCCAUCGCCGUACGGCGGCAGCAGCUUGCAGCAGCAGCCGGGCAGUCCGGCUCCGUAUGGCGGAGGAGGAAGCGGUGGCGGCCAGGUGUCCUGCCAGAGCCACAGCCCCAGCGACUCGAGCAUCAAGUCCGAACCGGUGUCGCCCAGUCCCAGUGCCAUAGCGCUCAACAACAACAACAACAUCAACAACAAUCACAUCAUGAAGCGGGAAUACAGCUCCGCAGCGGCGGCGGCAGCAGCAGCAGCAGCGGCAGCAGCCGCCGGCGGCGGUGACCUGAAUCACCUGAUGAACAUGUACCAUCUGCCGGAUGAGCAGCGCCACCUGCUGCACUACCAGACUGACUCGCCCGAUCUGCAGCAGCAGCACCAGGCGAUGCAACAGCAGCAGCAACAGCAGCAGCAGCACCUCCCGCAGCAACACCUUUCGCAGCAGCACCAACAGAUCCCGCAGCAACACCAGACCAUGCAGCAGCAGCAGCAGCAACACCACCUGCAGCAUCAGCAAUCGCUGAGGGCGAUGGCGCCGCUGGCACACAUGUGAGAAAUGGCCAGCGCCUAUGGAGCAGCAGGCUCCAGUGUGAGCGUUUCGCCUCCACUGCCGCCGUACAUGCCGACGGCCCCGCAGCAACAGCAACAGCAGCAGCAGCAACAACAGCAGCAGCAGCAGCAACAGUUGCUCAACGGACGGCCUAGUCCGACGGCAUCGGGGUCGUCGGGCGGCCGCUCCUCGGCGCAUUCCAGUGGCCAUACCGCCGCGCAUUCACCCGCCUUGGCAGCCGCCUACCAGCUGACCCCCUCCGCUGCCACCUCCUCCUCCUCCGCCACAUCGGCUGCUGCUGCUGCUGCGGCGGCGGCGUCUGCUGCGGCCGUUGCUGCUGCUGCGGCUGCAGGCAGCUCCUUCGCCGCCUCGGCCAGCAUGCUGGACAUGCAGCAGCAGCAUCUGGAGGAGCAGCAGCAGCACCAUCACCUGCACUAUCAGCAGCAGCAACAGCAACACUACCAGCAGCAGCAGCAGCAGCUGCAGCAGCACCUCCCGCAGCAGCAGCAGCAACACCAGCUGUACCAUCACUAUCAUCCUGGCCACGAGGCAGCGGUGGCUGCCAGUGCUGGCCUCCUGGAUAUAUCCACAUUGUAAAUUAUUGAAUAUAUUAACUAAAGCCCUAGGAUACGCACACCCACGCCCACACCCACACCCACAACCACAACCACGCCCACAACCACACACCCACACACAGACACAAUUUUAGCCUUAGUUCUUAAGCAGGUUUAAUUCGAAUUUCGAAGUGGCAGAGUAACAACACACGCGCAUAUAAAUAAAUGAGAAUAGGAUUAAUGUUUAGUCAUUUAAAUGAAGCAUACGCACUGUUGUACCACAAUAGUAAGAUGACAACUCACUUGCAUUCCAUACCGUUCUGCUUCGAUUUCCCUUGAUUUCCCGCUUGCUGCAUUGCUGCAUUGCUAAAAACAAUUGUGUGAUACAAAUAAACUGUUGCCAAUUACUGGGACAACAAAUCGUUGGGUUUAGCAUUUCAUUUCCACUCACCUUUUGCUGUACAAAACAUUCUCAGACAUUAAAUGUGCGUUCAAUUGGACGCGGAAUCCGGAAUCAAGCACAAGUUAAGUAGGAGUAAAGGCAGUUGAGCCGAGAGAAAGAGAGGCGAUGAAAUUGAAUAAUUCAGAAAAGCAAA